AUGGACAUUAUUGGGUCAUUCCCCAUGGCAACAGGUCAGCGGAGAUUCUUGCUCGUCGCAGUGGAUUACUUCUCAAAAUGGGUUGAAGCCGAGCCGUUGAGCAACGGGCAGGCCGAAGUCGCCAAUCAGGAGAUCCUGCGAAUCCCACGCACACGGCUCGACCAUGUUAGAGGAAGUUGGGUAGAUGAACUCCCCAGCGUGCUGUGGGUGAUCCGCACAACUCCCAAAGAAGGGACCGGGGCAACUCCUUUCCACCUGGUAUACGGCGGUGAAGCAUCCAUCCCCGUCGAAGUUAGAGUUGAAUCCGAUCGGAUACAACACUACAGCAAGGACAACGCCGAGCGGAGGCUUCUGGAGCUAGACUUAGUGGACGAAGCGCGCGAAAAAGCUGUCGUCCGAUUGAUGGCAUACCAACAGAGGAUGAAGUAG